UCCAUAAAGAUAGGAGCUUAGAAAUAUAUAUAUAUGUUUUGGCAGACAUUUACCUUCAUAAAACAUCCUUGCUUCGUAAUGUUGGACCUGUCUACUGUUUUAACUUUCUGUAUAUGCAUGUGUGCUACAUAUGGACUUCAGUCUGGAGCUGAUCCGGGCCCUCUGUACACCUUGUACAAUGACCUACUGGAGGGCUACAAGCCGUAUAUCAGACCCAGGGAGAAUCCUAAUGAUACCGUGGUCGUAGUGGUUUCCUACAGCAUGACUUCUGUGGAAGCCUUGGAUGAAAACAUGCAGACAGUUGCUUCUUCUGGAUUCUUAACACUUAAAUGGACAGAUGAGCGGUUGACUUGGAACCCAAGUGAGUAUGGUGGUAUACAAUAUGUUAAUAUACCUGUGGAUAAGCUGUGGAUUCCGGACUUAAGUUUGACAAAUGGAAUCGAUAGCCUGUCUUUAAUACUACCCGUUGGGGAAAUGGCAAGGGUGAACAACGACGGAAGAGUGACUUGGUACAAAGAGAUGACGAAACGUACAAAAUGCUCUUUAAAUAUGCGACACUUUCCGUUUGACAACCAAACAUGCAGUAUCAGCCUUAUUCAAUGGGUUACUGUUAUUACUGACAUAAAUAUCACAGCAGGUCGGGUUGAGAUUGAAACGUCAAUGUAUAGACCAAAUGGAGAAUGGGAAAUAAUUGGCAAGUCAAAGGACUCCAUUCUUCAUACUUUUACUGAUGAUGUGAUUCAGACGGAGAUUGUUUUUACGUUCGUCUUCAAAAGGAAGUACCUAUAUUACAUUAUCACCAACAUCCUUCCCGUCAUGCUUCUUUCCGUCCUUAACCUUGGUGUAUUUCUACUUCCGCCUGAAUCUGGAGAGAAGAUAUCGUUGUGUAUUUCCAUAGUGCUGUCCUAUGCAGUGUUCUUGUCUGUCAUAGGAGGAAGUCUACCUGAAGUGUCAGAUACUGUGAGCAUCUUCAGCAUCUACCUCCUGACAAUGAUGUUUGUCAAGGUUGUGACAACUUUGUUGACUGUUUUGGUUCUAAAUGUUUACCAUGGAGGCACUGAAAAAGAAUUAUCGGGUGCUGACUCUUUUCUUUUAGAACACCAGAAGGUAAACGAUUCAGACACGUUUUGUCACGUACCCGAGAAACUAUUUCAAGAAAAACUACCCAAAAAGGGCAACAAAGAACUUGCAAAACGUCUAAACAGAAUAAGUUUCGGUUUUAUAUUUUCACUUACUGUCCUUGUUACGUUUUCGUGUUUCAUCAUGAUCGUGAGACAGUAGUGUGCAAAUAUGGAUGUAAGCAUCCUUCUUUAGAACACCACCUUACGACAAAUAUUUGACAGUGAAAUAUAAAGAAUGCAGGUCGUAUCAUUGCCAUAUUCAUAGUAGAUUUGUACUUUUACUAAGCAAUUCAACGUUAAUCUAGACGAUAAAAUUACAACAGGACAUAAUUGAUACUUGUGAACAGGUAAUGUAUUUAGAAAAAGAAGUUACAAUGGGCUGUAAGUCAUAAUAAUGAUGUUGUCUUUAAAAUGAGCAUUUCCUGCAAUUGACCCUUCUUUAGAGUACAGACAUUGUUUGUUUGUUUUUUGACGCCGCACUCAGCAUUAUUCCAGCUAUGUGACGGCGGUCUGUAAAAAAACGAGUCUU